CCGCCGCCGUCCGCCACUCCCUCCCCGCGUCGCCAUUGGCCAUCACGUGCUCGUGCGGUCGCGACUCGCGCGCUCCUCCACCUCCUAAUUCAGGCAAGCUGCUUCGUGCUUCCGCCCCGCUCCCCUCCCUUAGCUUCCCUCUUCCGACACCAUGAUUCCAUCUCCACCCACCCACUCGACGCGCCCGCCCGAACCCACUCAUCCCCCACCACCGGGAGCCUCUUACUCCCGACCGCCCGCGCGGCAAUGCAUCUCACUACCCCGCUCCCCGGCGGCGACGCGGGCGCGGAGGCGGAGGCGGAGGCCUUCGUCCCGCGCGGCGGGCCCGGGAACAAGGGCCUGCGGCGGCGCACCGGGCCGGUCCCGCCCGACUCGAGCCCCAGCGGCGGCCGCGGGAGCGGCGGGAAGCGGUCGACCUUACGGGAGGACAUCGGCCACGCCGCCGCUGAGACAUACCUCGUCACGGGCCUCGCCUUCGUCCUGCUCCGAUACCUCGGGGUAGGUUGUCGGUGGAUAUCUCAACUUCUAGCUCUCAUAGUAUAUGCAAUUUUACUUAUGCCUGGUUUCAUAAAAGUUGGGUACUAUUAUUUCUUUUCAAGUCAGGUUUGUAGAAGUGUAGUAUAUGGCGAACAACCAAGAAAUAGGUUGGAUCUGUACAUACCUAAAGACCGCAACAAGUCCAGUCCAGUUGUGGCAUUUGUAACUGGUGGAGCUUGGAUCAUUGGUUACAAGGCAUGGGGUGCUCUCCUUGGGAGGCGGUUAGCAGAGCGAGGAAUUAUAGUAGCUUGCAUUGAUUACAGAAAUUUCCCUCAAGGAACAAUAAGUGACAUGGUCAGUGAUGCUUCAGAGGGUAUUUCAUUUGUUUGUAACAAUGUUAUUAGCUAUGGUGGGGAUCCUAACAAAAUCUACUUGAUGGGUCAAUCAGCAGGAGCACAUAUUGCAGCCUGUGCUCUAUUGGAGCAAGCUGUUAAAGAAUCUAGGGGUGAACACACUUCUUGGAGUGUGGCUCAAAUAAAAGCAUAUUUUGGUUUAUCUGGAGGGUACAACAUCCCAAGUUUGGUCGAUCACUUCCAUGAGCGUGGUCUUUAUCGUUCACUAUUUCUCAGCAUAAUGGAGGGAGAGGAAUCAUUGCCACAUUUCUCUCCUGAAAUUGUCACCAAGAAAUCAAGUGCUGAAGCCAUAGCUCUACUUCCUCAGAUUGUACUUUUGCAUGGAACAGAAGAUUACUCCAUACCAUCAUCUGCCAGUGAAACUUUUGCGGAUAUCCUUAAACAAGCUGGUGGGAAAGUAAAGUUACACUUGUAUGAAGGGAAAACACAUACUGAUGUAUUUUUACAGGACCCACUUAGGGGUGGGAGAGACCAACUGCUUGAAGAUGUUAUUGCUGUUAUCCAUGCUGAUGAUGCAAAUGCGCGCGAGAAGGAUGCUUUGGCACCUACUCCAGAGCGCCUGGUUUGUGAGUGGCAAAUAAAGUUGGCCCGUCAAAUUAGUCCCUUCUGAACAGGUCUGCAUGCAGAUAGGGUGUUUUCCAAGGCAUUUGCCUGUCAAUAUUCACCAUGCAUGCACAACAAAUCAAGCAUCUGUGCGUGUGUGCCAACAUGGUGAACUACAUGGGUUUAAGGAGAUUUAUUGGGGUUUUGAUUGGACCAGGCAAACGGAGCUUCAAACCUGCCCUGGGGCCAUGUUGCCACUGAGAAAGUAAGGUUUGAGGAUCUCUAGGCGUAGACGUUGUAUCACAUACUUCCUUAUGCUCAUAACUUGUUAAAUUAUAUCUUUCUUUUGACAAAUUUGUACAAAACAUAGAGGGGCGACUAGACAUCAUACAUCUAUAAAUGGGAGUAACCAAUAGGAUGUUGUUUCAAAAGAAUAGUCGCCAAUUCAUGUGAAAAUGUUAAGAGUGGCUGUAAAAAUGCAUUAUAACAUAUUGACUGACGAUAACGUCUUAAAUUUUCUAUUGGAAUUUUACUGAGUUCUGAAACUUGCAUAGAUAG